AUGUCUCGGCCUCCACCACAACCGAUUUUUGUGCACUAUGGCUUCAUUGGAGGAGUGACAUCUUGUGAGGUUAUCGAUAUUGACAACAUGAAGGCAGUCAUGAUAGGCACUGGUGUUGGAAAAUGCGAAGUGUACGAUGCAGAGACGCAUAUGUUGUUGCGGAAAGUUUACGAAGAUCCUGAAAGGCGUUCUAUCUCCUCAGUAGGCGCUUAUGAUGACAUGAUGUGGGUGCAUAUACGUAACUAUGGCGUGAUUUUUAUUGGUCCCAGCAAUGAAACCCGUCACAUUGUGAAUUUGAACCAUUGUGGUUACUGUAGGGUUACAAUGAUUGGACCCGCUCUUGUAUAUCCGGAUACUUCUAAUGAAAAGCAUUACCUGCAUAUCGUUUCUAUGAUUUCAAAGGACCAAGUCCAAGUUUCUCUGAAGCAGCUGCCAUUAUCGCUUACAUCUGUAGAUGAAAAUAUUUAUGUUGGAGACGAAACUGGUACUGUAACACGAGUCUCUUUACAGGGGAAGAUUGAGACUGAGGUGUCCCUAUACAAAGAACCAGUAUUUUGCAUCGCCAGCACUACAACGCAUCUCGCUUGUGGCUCAUCGAAGCCGCCGCUCUUUUUGCUCGAAACAGCCGACAUUUGCGGAGAACGGCGAAAAAUAGAUUAUCCUCCCAGGCAAGUGCUCUUCAUCUUUUUAUUUAGUAAUUUAAUGACUAUCAGGCUAUUGUGA